GUUACUCAGUCAACACUCACAUUACAGACUGCAACAAUUCCAGCUAACAUAAUAAAAAAAAAUAGUCUCAGUAUGAAGCUGGGUUUUCUGCCAAGUAGAAUCCUCUCAUAUAAACGGAGCAAAGCACCUUUAAUAUCAGUCAGAGCCACAUCUGCAUGCAGCAGGAUGUCAGCUCUCAUUACACUGCAUUUGUGAAAUUAUAUUAGACACUGGCAAAAAAAGAAGAACUAGAUAAUGUGCUGUAAAAUGUGCUGUAAUGGAUAUUUCUAACACAAUUUGAAGGGGGGUUUGCAGUGUUUUUCUUCAACUAGCUGACUCUCUUGAAAUUUCAAUUAUAUAGAUGUAUUGAUCCACGAACAAGCUGCAGAUUCUUCAGUAUUAAAAAAUUUCAGAUUUUGUUGAUUUCUUUGCUGCAGAAUUUAUCUCAAUUAUUUCUACUUUGAUUGAUACCUUCUCCCCGCCUCUCUUUACCAUUGGAGGUCUACUUCCUCACCAGAGGAAAACAAUUUCAUCCACUGGCUCCACCUCAUUCUCCAUUCGACCGUAGAGAGAGUGUGUAGGGGACAACAAGCUUUAUAUUCCUUUCUGCGGGCUGCAAAUCAACAGACUAAAAAGCAUCUCUUCAAUCUGUGGAAAAAGGGAGGAGUUGAGUUCUGGGCAGCUAUUGCACAAAGAGAGAAACCAGUGAAAUCUGCUAGUAUUGUCUGCUACUGGAGAGGGAGCUGGGGGAGUGAAGGAUCUGAGCAACAGGGGUAAGCCUCUCCGGAUUUUCAAAGUGAUUGCCUAUGGGACUGAAGUCGUCGCUUACAUCUGCAAUUAUCACGUUCAUUUAUCUAUUGGUGAAGGACUGCUGAUGGUUACGCUUGAUGUUGAUUUGUUAAUGGAGUGAUUCAGCUGUUUUUCCUCAUAAAGGAAUCAUUAUGUAAAUCAAUUUUACCUCCCCCAAGGAGCACAGUUUCUUUUGUUUAUAUCUUCACGGCAAAGAAUUUUCAAGCCUGAACAGUGGGACGGCUAAACAUUAGGACUCCAGUCACUGUUACCUGGAAUUUGUGAUACACAAACUUGGAGAUGGUUGUGGAGAAAGCCACUGUGUGUAAAUUAGAGAUGUCUGCAGUGGGCUACUAAGAUUCAGCGUUUCAUAAAGAAGAGCCUGCCUGGAUGCGAACAAUUAUGGUUGAAGCGCCCACAUCUGGAUCAGGUCCCCUGGGUCCACGCAGUCAAAAUGACGCCCAAGAGACAACUCUCAAAAACACAGAGUCCAGCUCGCUUAAACCAACGUGGAAAGAGAUCACAGUGGAUUUCAUUAUGAGGACCAAGAUCCAUGGUUUGAAGUUUGUUUUCUCUCCGGACAAGUCAAAACCACAACGAGUCAUCUGGAUCAUGGCCUUCUUUGUUUGUGUCAGUCUCCUCGUCACCUGGUCCUGGAAUCGAAUCCUCUACCUGAUGUCCUACCCUGCUGUCACAAAGAUCUACAUGGUGUGGGCUCACAACAUGUCUUUCCCAGCUGUUACUUUCUGCAAUAAAAAUGUGUUCCGUGUGUCCACUCUGACUAAGGAUGACCUGUAUCACAGCGGCUACUGGAUGGACCUCAUGUAUCCUAAUCACACAGUCAUGGAGAGGAGCCUGUCCAUCCUUAAAGACAGUCACAAGCAGGGUCUCCUGAGCCUGCUGGAUUUCAACAACUACAGCCCUCACCCUGAUUACCGCAUCAACACCACCGAGAUGAUGGGACGCCUUGGCCAUCGGUUGGAGGACAUGUUGCUGGAGUGCAGGUUCCGUGGGGAAACCUGCACCUACAAAAACUUCAGUACUGUAUGUACAGAAAGAAAGGUGGUGUUUGUCAGGUGUAGAUUUGAAUGUUGUUUGUAAGAUAU